AUGGUCAUCGGCUUAUUAAUCCUCACAUCCAUCCCGACCACGACGGGGGUGGCAUUCGGAGUCAGCGAGCAGCGCAAAGCGAACCAGCGCAAGGAAGAUGCGCGACGAAUGGCCAAAUUCAACAUCGACGUGGAAUGUGAUGGUGACACAGAUGAUGAUCGCGACAUUAAUGGGCGAAGACUGGUCGUUCGAAAUGACAAGGUCUACCUCGACCACCCAAACCCAGCAGACCGGUCCAUCCCAGCCUUCACAGCCCUCGCUUUCUACAUCGAAUAUCCCGAACUCGACGAAAGCAAAAACCUCGAUCGAGGCCUCGGUCUACCCACUUACGUAUCCGCCAAUCCACCUUUACUAAACUGGAUCUACGCGGACGUCAACACGCACGAGAUGAAAUACGGAAACCGCACGCAGAGCGUGGCGCAUAUUGUCGGACCGUGGGAUUGGACAGAAGACGAGCGGACGAUUACUCUUGAGGAGAGUAGUAAUUUUGUGGCGGUGGAAGAGGAGGAGGGGGAGUGGGCGCUUUAUUUUGAUGGAGAUGGGGAUGACUGUGAGGCUAUUUUGGAGGAACAGGGGAAAUUGGAUAAGGCCUUUGUGCCGGUGAAGUUGGUGAGGAGGCCUGCGGAGGAGCCGCCGCCGCCCCCAGGGCCUCAACAGGGUUCCCAGGGGGAAAGUUCAAGUCAAGGACAGAGUCAAGAGCCCAAAAAGGCAGAGUAA